UGUCUACACCUACAUCUCCUUCCAUCCUAGAAUCACAAAGCACAAGGGCUCGAUUUUUUAGAAGGGUUUUGCCAUGGAUAAGAUAUAACAUAGAUUUAAUGCUGGUUAAUAUUUAUCCCUUAGAUAUCACAACCUAUGUUACCGACAAUUCACUAAAAACAGUUGGAAACGUUGAUAUUAACAGAUUGACCGCCAUGCCUAUUUUGACAGCCCAUGUCACAUGGAUUAUAUUAUUUACUUGUAUUAAAAAAGAAUAAUAGAAAAUUGAAUUGAAUUAUAGUAUUAAAUUGCAUGAAAAUAUGAUAUGUAAUAUAUUUAUUUGUCUGUUCCCCAUCGAUGCCCGUUGCACCAUAAACAGAAGAGAAAUUGUGUAACAAACAUUUAUAUCGUAUCAUUUUGUUUUUUAUCGUAAUUAUUAAACUUUACUUGUUGAGCAAUAUAACAGUCAGAUUUUUUUACGCACAUGUAUUAUACCAUUGUACUGUAAAAUCAUUUUCAUUGUCAAAAAUACAUAUGUCAUCUGAAGAAGUUUUGAGUGAUUCAUCAAGUGAAAUAUACAGAUCAUCUACAAUUAAACGUUGUAAAGUCAUAUCUGAUGAUGAAACUGAGAGCGAACAUGAAAGUGACUGGUAUACAGAUAGCAAUAAUAGUAAUCAAAUAUGGUUUAAUCCAAUUGGCAAUCAACCCAAUUUGAAAUCUUUUUCCGGCAUACCUGGUAUCAAUGUAUCAAAUAAUAAAGUUUUAGAAUGUAAUUCACCAAUAGAUUUUUACUCAUUAUUUUUAAAUGAAGAAAUAAUCCAGAUGAUUGUAAAUCAAACUAAUCUUUAUGCAAACCAAGUGAUGGAAAGAAAUCAAUCCGAGCGAUUGGAUAAAUGGAUUCCCACUAAUAUACAUGAAAUUAAACAGCUCUUUGGUUUAAUUAUGUGGAUGGGAUUGGUAAAACUUCCAACUAUACAACUUUACUGGACGAAAGAUGUUUUAUUUGCUCAAAAUUUUCCACGUACUGUUAUGUCUCGCAAUCGAUUUGAAAUAUUAUUGAGAAUGCUUCACUUUGCAGACAAUGAGCAAAUUAAUAAUCCAAAUAACUUAUUGUACAAGUUACAAACGUUGAUUGAUACAUUAAAUAAAAAUUUUAAAGAAUAUUAUAAUCCUAGUGAAACCGUUUGUAUUGAUGAAUCUAUUAUCCCAUUCCGUGGACGAAUAAUAUUUAAACAAUAUAUAAAAAUAUUUAAAUUAUGCAGCACAUCUGGAUAUACAAAUUCUUUUCAAGUAUAUGCAGAGAAAACUACAAGUACAGAAGAAACGACACCCAUAAGUGUUGUAAUGUCUCUAUGUCAAAAUAUAAUAAAUCUUGGACAUACAUUAUGUACAGAUAAAAGAUAUACAAGUAUUGCUUUAGCUGAAAAAUUACUUUCUGUUGAUACACAUUCGAUUGGAAUUCUUCAAGUUAAUCGUCGCGACAUUCCAAAAGACAUAUUAUCAAAAAAGCUACAAAGAGGUGAAAUAAUUGCAAGAGAACAUAAAAAUGGUAUAACUAUUUUGAAAUGGAAGGAUAAACGGAAUGUACUCAUGCUUUCAACUAAACAUUCUACAGAAAUGGUUACAGUUACUGACCGAGGGAAUAAUUGUAUUAAACCAAAAAUUAUUGCAGAUUAUAAUAUCAGUAAAUCAUAUGUUGAUUUAUCCGAUCACAUGACAUCAUAUCUUAGUCCAUUGAGAAAAGGCCAGAAAUGGUAUAAAAGACUGGCCUUUGAACUUUUAUUUAAUACCUCUGUAAUAAAUGCUUGGAUAGUGCAUAAUAAUAUAAUAAACAAUCGUAUAUCUAUUUUGGAAUUCCGACAAAAAUUAGUUAAACAAUUGACGGAACAUCUAAAUAAUACUGACACAUCUUUGCCUAGAAUGCAACUUACCAUUAGAAGGCAUCACGAAAUACAAAGUAAAAAUGGAAGUGCACGGCAAACUAGACGACGAUGUAAAAGAUGCUAUGAAGAAAAUGUAAAGAAAUUUGGUCGAGAAUUUGCAAAAAAUCGUACAAAAAAAGUAACAACAUUUUGUGGAAAUUGUACUAGCAAUCCUUAUUAUUGUUUGCCAUGUUUUAAUACAGUUCAUCGCGAUUUACCCAUUUAAGAUCAUUUUUAAGAUUUUCAUAAAUAAAAUUAUUACGUCAUCUACCAAUGUAUUUUAUCAUUGCAUUAUCUUAAUGCUAUUAAAAAUUGACAAGACUUGCAUUAAUUAAAUAAUUAAAAUAAUAAUGGUAAAUAAUAUUUUAAGACAUUUAUCAUAUGUCGAUCAUUAAAGGUAAACGAAAAAUAAACGGAAAGCUCAAUGACUCGUGAAAUAAUGUCAUUCGUAAGCGAAACGCAUUGCUGAUAAAUCAACGAUGACGUACAAACCUUACUUACGAUGUUUCACACUCUUAUUCAUAUUGCCAAUUUUUAGACUAUGUAUAUUAUAUAUACACUCUUCGUUCUGUUCCAACUCUUCAAGAAUAUAAUAUAUAUAAUACGUAUAUAUAUAUACACUCCGUUUGGAACGUGAAUAAGUUAAUAAUAUGAUGGAAUGAUUCCAAAUAUAUUUAUAAAACAUUAAAAAUUCCUUUCAUCUUUUCAUAAAUCAGCGGUUCCUUAAACUUUAUGAGUUCGAGGACCUCUUUCCAUAUUUGACUAAACCACUAUCUA